AUGAUCGUCGCCCAACUGAACACUUGGUACAACAACUUCACCCGCAACGCAAUCCACAUGUGGGACGACAUGACGCUACUAAAAUACAUCCGACUCGUCGCCAUCGUGGGUGCCUAUGCUCUGUUGCGUCCCUAUCUCAUGAAAUGGGGCGAAAAACUACAAGCUAAAGAGCACGAGAAAGAACUCGAUCCAUACGAGAUGGCUACUGCGGAUGGUAAGGAUGGGAAGGGGAAAAUUAGUCCGAAUCAGUUGAGAGGAGCAGGAGGCAAAGUGGUCGAGUUGGAGGUGAGCGAUAGUGAGGAGGAGGGGGAGGGCACGGCGGCAGAUGUUAAGUGGGGGAAGAAAGCGAGGAAGAGGCAGAGGGCUGUGGUUAAGAAGAUUUUGGCGGAUGAGGAGGAGGUGAGGAGGCAGUUGCAGGAGGAUGAUGAGGAUAAGGAUAUCCAGGAGUAUCUUGUGGAUUAUACGCCUGGCGAGGAUGGGUGGUAG